UCUGGAGAGGAAGGAGGGUCAGCGAUCCGCUGAGUUUGCUGGGCGUCCCAGGGGAGAACCGAAGCCAAAAAAGCUCCACACUGGCUGCUCCCGUUUCCCCAGUGCGCCGCGUCUGCGGCUGGCACUGCCUCGAAUUCCCUAAAAGUAUUUGCGAGAGGGCUGGGAACACCGCGUGGCGUCUCAGACUCGGGCGCGGGGGGGGAGGGCAGCACGCGGGGUAUGGCGGGGAAUACCUAGCUCUCGCGGCUGGCUGGUUGCAGUAGUGGGAGCGAGGGUCGCGCUCUCUGCUCUCUGGGCGCCCCAGCCCCAGCGCAUGCCUCCGCUCCCGCACCCCCCCCCCUCCGCAGGCGCGCGCGAGGCGUACCCCUCUUCCCUCGGCGGCGCGGGGCGCGCGCCCGACCCGCUCCUCCUCGCCCCCCUCCUCCUCCCCUCCGCGCGUCUCCUCUCUCCCGGCAGAAAGUUAGCAGCGGGGAAGGAACUCGGGGCUGCAACCGCGCGCGGCGGCGGCGGAGCCUGAAGCAGGAGGCUCGGCGGCGCGGGGGAAGCGGGGGCGCUGCACGCGGAACAGGUGCAGCCGGCAGGUCCGCGCGCCCCCCUCGCUCCCCUUGCCAGAGGCUGAGGGGGGCUGGGGGGCCACCCGGACUCCGCGGGCGGCGCUGGGGAGGGGGCCAUGCGGCCGGGCUUUCCCCCGGCGCAGCGGGACAGCGGCCAGGGCUGGGGGCGCAGCGGCGUCGCUCCAUGCAGCCAGGGCGGCUGGGCAGCAGCGGCGGCGGCGGGGGCGGGGGCGGCGGCUGAAACCAUGUCCGGGCAGCGCCGGGGGCCGCCGCCGCCGCGAGCCGGGAGCCGCGAUGGCCCCGUGGCCCGCACCUCCUCCGCCUCCGCCGCCGCCGCCGCCUCUCGCCGCGCCGCCGCCGCCCGGCGCCUCUGCUAAGGGCCCGCCGGCGCGCAAGCUGCUUUUCAUGUGCACCUUGUCCCUGUCUGUCACCUACCUGUGCUACAGCCUCCUGGGCGGUUCGGGCUCCCUGCAGUUUCCCCUGGCGCUGCAGGAGCCGCCGAGCUCGCCGCCGUCCUCCCUGCUGCCGCCCCCCGUGCGCCCCGGCGCCCCCUCUCCACCGCCUGCGCCCCCUCCGGACAACGCGAGCCGCGUGGAGCCACCCGAGGCCCCGGAGCAGCCCGCCACCCCCGGGACCGACGGCUGGGGACUGGCGAGCGGCGGCGGAGGCGCCCGGGACUCCUGGCCCCGGACCCCGCUGGCGCCCAGCGACAUGAUCGCGGCGCAGAACGCGCUGCGGGAGAGGGAAGCGCAGGAGUCCAGCACCCCCGAGGAGGACCUGGCGGGCCGGAGGGCGGCCAACGCGAGCGGCGAGCGGGGCGGCGUGGUCAGCACCCCUGACUACGGGGAGAAGAAGCUGCCCCAGGCGCUGAUCAUCGGGGUCAAGAAGGGAGGGACCCGCGCGCUGCUGGAGGCCAUCCGAGUGCACCCGGACGUGCGGGCGGUGGGCGUAGAGCCGCACUUCUUCGACAGGAACUACGAAAAGGGGCUGGAGUGGUACAGAAAUGUGAUGCCUAAGACUCUUGAUGGGCAGAUAACCAUGGAGAAGACCCCAAGUUACUUCGUGACAAAUGAGGCUCCCAAGCGCAUUCAUUCCAUGGCCAAGGACAUCAAAUUGAUCGUGGUGGUGAGGAACCCUAUAACCAGGGCGAUUUCUGACUAUACACAAACACUGUCAAAGAAACCUGAGAUCCCUACCUUUGAGGUGCUGGCCUUCAAAAACCGAACUCUGGGGCUGAUCGAUGCCUCAUGGAGUGCCAUCCGGAUUGGGAUCUAUGCUCUGCACCUGGAGAACUGGCUCCAGUACUUUCCCCUCUCACAGAUUCUAUUUGUCAGCGGUGAGCGACUCAUUGUAGACCCUGCUGGAGAAAUGGCCAAAGUACAGGAUUUUCUAGGCCUCAAGCGCGUCGUAACUGAGAAGCAUUUCUAUUUCAACAAAACCAAGGGAUUUCCUUGCCUCAGAAAGCCGGAAGACAGCAGUGCCCCGCGGUGCCUAGGCAAGAGCAAAGGUCGGACUCAUCCCCGCAUUGACCCUGAUGUCAUUCACAGACUUCGGAAAUUCUACAAACCCUUCAACGUGAUGUUUUACCAAAUGACUGGCCAGGAUUUUCAGUGGGAACAGGAAGAGGGUGACAAAUGAGACUAGAGCUAUGAAGGGAAGGCUACUGGAUAGAAGGAGGCUCUUUACCUGAGACCUGUAUUCCCCAGGUUCUGCAAUUUUGACCUUGGGGGAAUGCCGCGUAGAUCUCCUCUUUUGUGCAGUCAGGAUUGUCUCCAAAGCUGUUGGCCCGGGAGAAGGAGUAGAUCCCACAAUAUCCCCAGGAAGGAACCAGGCUUGAUGUCUCUGGUUGACCAGAUGGCCAUAGCACACACCAUUAAUUCUACUUGUCAGUAGAAUCUGAAUGCAGCAUAGAUAUUUGUCAGUGUCAUAGACAGUGAGCACAGAAAUAUUCAUUUGAGUGGCAAAAAAGAAAGGUCUACUUCCUAGGGGUUCCUGUGUUAGUUGAGGAACUUAGGUUCUAGACCUCUGUCUAGACCUGGCACCUGAGAUCUAAACUUCUGCUUUGUCUUCAUUCCAGAAUGCUUUUAUUGGCUGAGUGCUCCAGAACUCCUAGGGAGUAAGAUCCUCCCUCUAAGGCAUUUCUAGCCUUUCAUCAAAGGCUUCGUCCCAUGCGCCCUGACUUCCGCCCUGACUUCCUCCCUCCCCACUCUGUGAAGCAGAGGCAUGCACUUAUGUUUCUCACCAGACAAUAGCUGACACCCCCUGGAAGCUGUCUUUCUGCGAGCCCACUAAGGGUUCUCUCUUCAUGAGUACCUGGAAUUAAGAAGAAGCUCUGCAUCUGUUAGAAUCAGGUACAGGGUUGCUCUCAGAGUGAGAUGAUUACAACUGAGUCCAAAACCCUGAGAUCAGUGGAGAUAAAUGGCCACAUACAAGGGAGAAAGAAAAAAUUGAGUCCUCCUUGUGAGAGGCCUCCUUUCCCAAAGACCCUCUCCCCCAAGCACCACAGUCCCGAGGCAUGCUUUUGGGAUAGACUCUGUCCCCUAGAGUCACCAAAGAGGCAAAGACCCAUGAGUUGGUGUGUCUGUUGUUGUGAAUCACCCCUAGUGAAGCAGUGGGAAAGAAGCAAUCACCUUCUGUUUGUCUUACCACAGCAGUUCAGGGUCACCUCAUGGUUCAUUUUCUCUACUCAGAGAUGGCAUCUAAUCGGACAAUGGCAAGAGGGAUGAUUCCAUUUGUCAGAUUCAUUUUAAGGGGGGUGGGAGAGGUCAAGGGCUGUCUUCAGAUACCCCUAUCAAGGGCUGCCAAAUAAUGUGUCCCUUCCCAUUAGUUUGAUUCAAUUAAAAUACAGCAUUUGACAUAAAGCACUUGUCCACAGAUCUUCAAAACCAGGAAUUGUUCUAGUAAAAUUGGAAAUUUGUAUAAGUUAAAUCUGUUCAGCUGUUAUUAAACUGUCAUUUCUCCCACUAAAUGAAAACUGUGUUGUUAUAAAGCUUAAUGCAACCUGA